AUGUCUCAAGCUUCAAUUAGUAAAGACACCAUCAGGAAAACAAGUAUGGAUAUGAUAGUGGGGGAACUGACGAUUGAAGAUUUGAGCUUUAGAGAUCAUUGGCAGAAUGUGAAUGAAUCAACAGAUAAAUUUAUUGCAGGAGUGUUUUGUGUUAUUGCAAUUUGGACACCACCAUUUAUAGGAGACCGUUUGAAGCACAGCGAACCUCACUCGUGUAUUUGGGAACCUAACGAUAACACUGAAUUUGUUAUAUUUGUAGCAGUAAUUGGCCAUUAUAUACCAUGUGCCAUUAUGGUUUUCUGCUAUAUAAAGGUCUUUACUGUUAUGAGAAGGCAAACAUCGUUCGUGGCCAGAUUUGCCGCGAAAAAUACUGCUUCAACGGCGAGGGAACCCACACAGUCAGAGGUACCAAAUCCGCAAGUCAGUGUAAUCGAGACGCCUCAGUUUGAUGACAUUAGCACAGUUGAAUCUUCUAAUGCUUGUUAUUUAACCCCCGCAACCACAACAACCACUAUAAGUCCCAGCUCUUCUCCUUCCCCUCAGCCAAAGCAAACAGGCAAUGGUAUGGCAACAAACAGAUCUCAGACGGUCUCUCAAAAUCAGCAACGCGAAAGAAGGAUCUUCAUCACACUAUCAUACGUUUUGUUCAGCUAUUUGAUAUGUUGGUUCCCAUUCUAUAUAGCGUUCGACACAUACGCCUGGAAGCCUGACCUGGUACCAGCCGGAUUAUAUUCGUUCUUCUUCUGGUCAACUUACGUUAAUUCUACACUCAACCCAUUUAUCUAUGCUUUCACUAACACUGAAUUCCGUUUGGCGUUCAUAAAAGUAGUCAAGAGGAUUUGUGGAUGUUCAAAACAGAAGAAUACAACGUGAAAUAUCUUAACUGCAACUCAAGUUAUAUAUAUGUAUAUAUACAUGCAGUUGUCCAUUGCAGGUACAAUUUAUAGCAUGUACGCAUAUC